GAGGAGCGUGUUGGUGUGUUUCGGGUUACGAUUAUUUCGUAUUUACAAACUUUGUCGUAUUAUUUUUGUUAAGAAUCCGUUCUCCGACUGUAUGAAAGGUUCUAACAUCGUGACUUCGUUUUGCGUUUACUUCAGUUCUUUCUUGUAUUGAGAGUGUAACCUUGUGUUUUGUUUUGCCGAGUUAUUUUCAAGUCUAUUUUGGCACUUAUGAUGUAACUACGAAGUCCCUUACUAGAAAUGGGAACAUACUGACGGACCAUGCACACUUCAAUGAUGAUGGUAAUACGAUAAUUGGGAGAAUAAAUUCUACUAAUACACUAAACAUGGGACAAGUCAAGACUGUUAAUUCUCCGCCACAUCGUGACAUCAGCGGUGUAGCAGCAACGUCAUAUCGCCCAUACAACGAAGACUAUGCCUCCGUCCAACGCAACGCCAUCGACAGACCGACACCGGACCUCGACAUCGAACGGAACAAAAAAGAAAAGAAGUGGUCAAUUGGCAAACUGUUCAGGCGAAAGAAGAAAGAAGAAGAAAGUGGCACGUCAUCACAAAGUGAUGAAGGUGUUAGCGAACGAUCUCCAUCGAAAAAGAAAAGCAAAAAGAAAAAGAGAGUUCCCGUGGUUAAUAACUUUGAUCACAUAGUCAUACGAGACACACGAAGAGCUCAAAGCUUAGCCAAUCAUAGUGUUCGUGAUAUAACCGAUGAUGGCAUAUUAUCUGAUCCCUCAGCGGGCUUCUUGAACUAUCAACCCAGAAGUCGAGAUGUACCCGAUUAUCAUGACUACCUUGCAGUGAAAGAUGAUAAUACAAUCAGACUGGAAAAAAUGAAUUUAGAUAACCCUCCCAAAAGAAGUAGAAAAAGUAGACUUAAAGCCCGUGUUGAGGCACUGCGAAAUAGUUUGAAAGGUGAAUCCAGUAGUGACGAAGAAUCGCUAAAGUCUUCAAAUUCGUCUUCGAUGAUUCGGUUUAGAAGUGACGAUUCUUUAAUGCGAUCAAGAGAUAGCUCAGCAAAAUCUAGGAGUGCAAGAAACGAACGUUAUAUUAAAAGAUUAUCAAGAGAUGAAGAAAAUCAACUUAAUAAGGAAGCUGAACUACUUCAUCAGGGUUAUUCAAAAGCUGAAGUUGAAAUGUUAACUCGUACGCCGACAAGUCAGAGCAGUGGCUACGGAACAUGCAAACGUGAACCUGCACACAACUUACAAACUGAUCACAACAUUAUCUCGACUGACUUAAAACGAAGAUCAUUGAAAACGGAAUCAGUUUCAUCAUUCCCGUCUAAUCAAAGCUAUCCCUCAUCCAUCAAUUUUAAUGCAAAAGUUAACAACGAACGUAUCAACUACUCUAUCAAGUGUCCUAAUAAUAAUGUUCACCAUAGGGAUGCACUUCUUAAUAACAGAGAGAGAACCCCUUCCAGUCAAUAUGAGAAUCCCGAUAGUAUUAUGUGUGUUAAAUUUCCUCUAGGAAACGUAAAUAAUAUUAAAUCAGAAGAAAAAGCUCCACCUGUUCCACCACCUCGUGAUAUGCAAAGAAAAGUGGUUACCCCUAUAUCUAUGUAUUACGAAAAUAAUUCGCGCGGUGCCAACAGAAUUAACUCUAAUCAAAGUCUUUUACAUGGAGUACCCAAUAACGAUUUUGAAAGAAUAAUGCGUCGGAGCCAAGAACGUUCUGUUGUUCCAGGGUUAAAUGGACUCAGACGACCUUUAUCUAACUCAGAAGAUCAUAUAGCAAUGCAAAGCAACGAUCACUUACAAAAUUAUAAUUAUAGAAAUGAACAACCACGAAGGCCUGCUUCGGUAUCAGCAGAACCUAAUCAUUAUGGUAUGUAUAUUAACAGCCCUACGUGGAAAAAGAGAUUAGAGCCAAGUGUGACAAAGACGCCUGAACGAACUCUAAAACAAGACUAUUUAUAUUACGCAGAUCAAAGUCCCAGAUCUAGACGACCCAUUAAUAUUCAAAAUGGUAUUGAACAUCAAUAUUUAAGUGAUUCUCAAACAACAUCUAAUAUGACGGAUCAAGUAUUAUAUAGAAGGCCUAGAAAUGCAUCAGAUUUUUGGAAAAAAAUCGAUGACGCAGAAAAACAACGAAAACAACAAAUGUACUCCAAUUUAAGAGCUAAGAGCGAAUAUUCAAGUUCGGCGAAUAUUAAUAAAGCUUUAUUAGAUCAAAACAAGACAAAAGAAAAUGUAAGUAGUAAAAAUGAUAGAAAAGCAGUAAUUUCAAAUGUUAAUACAGCAUCAGACUCUAAGGUAUGGCAAGCAACUACAGAGUAUAAACGCUCUGUAACGGUAGAACCUCCAAAAUCUUCCACUUCGCUAAAAACACACACACGACACAAAUCCGAUACAUUUCUACAAAAUAGUUAUCAAGUUCCGUCAGACGAAGACGGAUCAGAACGAAGGAAAUCUACAAACCUUGAUGAUGCUCUUAAUGAAUUGGAAGCAAUUUAUAAUAGUCUUGGAUUAGGAGAUGAAGAUUUAUUAGACAGAGCUGAGAGAAGAGAAUUAAUGACUCCUAAAACUAAUGAUUGUUGUAACGAUUGGAACGGAAAUGAUGACGAUGUUCAACUUCGCAGUCAACCUUCCACUCCUUUGAGACGAAUAAGUCGAAGGUCUACAUUACCCGAUAAACUUCAAGAUGAUAUGGCUUUCCGACGCUUGAAUUCUUUAACAAACAAAGAAAAAUCAAAUUAUAGAGAUUCUCAAGCGCAAAUUAGCUACAUGUUGGCAUCACCUGUGUAUGUGCCAUAUGCAUCAGACGAUGACAGGCAAUCGGAACGAAACGAACCGGACAUUAUCUAUGAUGACGUUGUUUACAGGAAUAUUAAGCAGACCAAUAGUAGACUUAAGACCAUAGAGCCUCAACCACCAUUCGGUAUUCCAGUUGGCCCCGUAUCCCCAGCUCCACAAAGCGACUAUUUACAUGUAACACCAGAAAAUAGAGGAAGAUCUCGUUUCAUACCGAAAAAGUCACCAGAUAUUGUGGCUGAUGAUUUGGCUUAUCGUAGCUUACGCAAAGAUAACAGACAAUCUACUUUGUUUAACGGGGAUGAUUAUAAUGGCGUUGUGAAUAAUAACUAUACAGAGUUUCCGUUUAAUAAGGAAUCGGGGAGCAACGUAAGGAAAAAACGUGCUGUUAGAUCUUUAUCUGCAAAUAUAUUUACAGUGAUGCAAAAGGAAAUUGAUGAUGCAAUUAACAUGUCCAAGACCUCUAAAUUACAGAAAACAUACAGUAAUAGCGACGUGAUAAGGCGUCUCCGGGAAACCUUUGAAAACAACGACAAGCAGCGUGAUUGUUAUCCACGUAAUAAGGUAAAACAAAGACAUAAUACUGUUAAUAUAUUACCUAAUAAUACGCACACACCCAUUCACCACUUUGCAAAAGAUGAUUCAUUCGUUCACAGUGAAAAUAAAUACCUUGCUAGAUCAUCAUCUUGUGAUAAGUCCACAACAUCCUCACCAUCAAAAAAAUCACCACAAACAUCAAAACGAUCAUCUAAAGAUGAAUUUCAACAAGUCCUUAGCAUGCUAGCACAAGAAGCAAUGGAUACAAGCAACAAACUUGGAGUGGCAUUAGCAGAAUUAGACAAAAAUAGAAAUAAAAAUGAUUUAUCUAUUACACAAAAUAAGAUUUCUCAUAGUAGAGCCGAUUUCUUGAAUGCUAUAACAAGUUGUACCACAGAAGAAACCAGUCUAGAAUCUGGUAGAAGAGAAAUAAAGCUCAAAGAUGUAGGCAUCUCAAACGCUCUUACUACGAGUGAAGACACUGAUUCUAAAGCAAAGAAGACGGAAGAUAGUUUAAUAGAAAUAUCUAAUCAGUUACAUAAAGUUGAAAAUCAACUUAAACAUAGUAAUGAAAAAGAGCGAAACUUUGACGAAAGUAUAGGAUACUCUAAGUCUGUUAAAGAUGCUGAAAAAGCAUUGGGUACAGAAAGUACGCAUUUAGAAGAUGCUAAAUCUAUACCAGUAGUUGUAUGUAAUUCUUUACAAAAUGACGCGGGUUUUGUCGACGGUAUAAAUGAUUCUAAACCGAAACCUGAAUUAACUUCUAUAAAAUUUCAUCCAUCAAAUCCUUUUUUGUGUUCCGAUGUUAAAGUGAAUGAAAUUACCGAAAUUAACGCGUUUAAGGAAUUAAAAGAUGGUAUAUCGGAUUUAAUUGCCGGAAUAUCAGAAGUCAAUGAAAAAAUUUUUCUUCCAAAAAGUACUCAAAAGUCAUUUGACUCCAAAAACGAAAUAAUUGUUGAUAUCACACAGACAAUACAACACAAAGAAAUGGAUAAAGAAGUCGAAAAAUCCCAACGAGACAGUAUUAACGAGUCAAUAUAUGAAAAUGAUACAUUGGAAGAUAAAAGAGAUGGAGCGGAUUCAACUGAGUACAAUUCAUCAGAGGAACUAGCAACUAUUUUCAAAUUAGAUAAUAAAAAGGAACCUAAAACUACGACUGAAAAUACUACUAAUUGUAACAAAGAUAAUCGUACCGACCUUAAUUCCCCAAAGCUUGUUCGCACAAUGAAUCAACAUCUACGAAAAUUGUCGGUAGAUGACAAUAUUGCUAGUCAAAGUAAUCCACUGCCAAAAAACGUUGUACCAUGGAGAGCUAAAAGGCAAAAUUCGCAAAGCGAUGACAAAGGCGGUAACACGAAGUCAAAGCACGAUUGGCACAACUCUGGCACGUUGAUGUUAGCUUGUUCCUACACCUUGAUGCUCUCCCAACAACUGGCAGACUUCGAUUGGCUGACGCUGCUCGGCUUGCUGUUGGCAAUUGUUACAAUUAUAGCUAUGCUAUUAAUUUAAUUUUGGGAUAAUCACUAAACAAAUGCUUACUUAGAAAUGCUGUCAUAUUAUAACUUAAGUUCCCUACUUGUUAUCAAUAAGAUUAUAAUCCACUUUCAAAACUAAACAUCCUACAUUUUCGUUUCUUAAAUGUUAUUGUACUAAUUUGAACAAAUAUUCAUGAAUAAUUUGUUUUGUGAUUAUUGUUAUGUUACCUUAAACACAGUUUAUUUAACCUUAUUUUAACAAUAGUUUAAGUUAUUACUAAUUAAUUACAUAAGCAGAUCCGCUUUGAUUUUUGAGGAAUCUGGCAUUUUAAAGUUGAAAAACUUAUCAUCACAUUGUUAAUAUCACUACAAGAUUUUAUCACUAAGUAGUCAUUACACAUUAACUCUUAUUCAUAAAAAUAAAUUAGUUUAAUUUCACUGGCUAAACUUAAGGGCUCUUUCGUCUGUUUUGGUCAAAUUAUAUAUAGAUACACUGUGAUGACAAUAGACAAUUGAGGUCUUAGUAAAGCGCAAUUAGACUGUUUAUUUUUUUAUGAAUAGCACCUGGCCUAUAAAAGUUGUAAUUUUUUGUAUAUUUAGUAGUUUCAAUUAACAAACUAUAAACAUUACAAUAUUUUUAUUUUCGGUAUGAAUUGAUUGUUAUAAUUAAAUUAUAAAUAAAAUUAUAGCCUUAGAUAGUAAAUUGGAUGACUUAAAAACUACUACACACCCUAAAUUUAACAUAAUUUUAUUGACUUGAUUUGAUUUUCAUCUCUUGUAUUUGCUCAACAUAAGUGACAUAAAAUAAUGCUAGCUGUGAUUUUAAUGUUAGUUAAAUUCUAAAAAAAUAUACAUAUAACAUUAAAAUAUAUAAUAUAUUGAAAAUGAGACUGCCAAAUUGAUCAGAAAUUAUUUUAUUUUGAAGUAUUAUGAAUUGUUGCAUGAAACUUUUGCAUGUUUUUAUUAAAAUUAUGUUAAUGAUAUUUAGGACAUUUGAUUAAUAGACUUUGCAUUAUCAAAUUUUAUUGACACGCGGUACUUAUAACAUCUUACAAUAAAACAAAAUAUUUAGAUUAAAAAGAUGUUUCAUGUCAAUACAACACUUAUACAACUUUGUCUCUCUUUUAGGUGAAAACUGAUUGCUUCAAGUAUUACUCUUCUGGAUAUUAUGAAUAAAACAACGAAAGUUAUGUAUCUAAUAAAUAAAUUAUGUAUCUAAACCUU